UUUGGUUGUGGUUUACGGUGACUUCCGGGAUCUGGGGAUCCUCCAUUUUGCCAAAUUUGGUCCAUCGUCCCAGCUCGAUUUCUGCGUAGUUUUGGGGGUUUGCACGGCAGGAGAAGGAACGGGAAUGACUUUGACACUCCACAGAUACGGGUAACCCGCAAAACGCUUGACUUCCAGCCGUGGCUUGAGAGGGAAUCGAAGUACAACUCUGUGCCCCCCUCCCCUCUCUCGGCAGGGCUAUUUUUGACGGAAGUAAACGAGACCUGGGCGUAGCAGUCGUCGACAGAUGAGCUAGAAAUGUCUUCAUUCUAACGUUUACUACGAUUACUACGGCACGAUUUUGUUUAAGAUGACAGCGAGAAUGAACCGACGAAUGGCUAACGAAGUUUGCGGUGACUGCGGGACAGCAGAACCGGGAUGGGCUAGUAUUAACCGCGGGGUGUUGUUGUGUGAUGACUGUUGUAGUGUGCACAGGAGCUUGGGAAGGCACAUAUCACAGGUGCGGUCUCUCCAGCAUAGCAACUGGGCCUCCAGCCUCCUCACCAUGGUGCAACAGCUCGUCACCAGCGGAGCCAACUCCAUAUGGGAACAUUCAUUACUGGAUCCAGCCAUGGCCAGGAGUACCAAGAGGAAACCCUCUCCUAACGACUCCCUGAGCACCAAGGCUGACUUCACCAAGGCUAAGUACCAGUACCUGGCCUUUGUACACAGACUGCCAUGCAGGGAGGAUGACGACUCCACCAUGCAGGACCUGAGUAAGCAGCUCCACUCCAGCGUGCGGACGGGAAGUCUGGAGACCAGCCUCCGCCUCCUGUCCCUGGGAGCUGACGUCAACUUCUUCCACCCGGAGAGGGGGGCCACACCCCUGCACGUGGCAGCAUCCGCGGGGCAGACUGGACAGGUGGAGUUGCUAAUUGUGCACGGUGCGGAUCCCGGUGCCCUGGACAUCAACAGUAAGACACCGAUCCAGUGCGCCAAGGAGGCAGGGUUCAGCGACCUUUACGAGCGGCUGGUGGCCUGUCAGUUCGAGCUGACCGACAGGCUGAUCUACUACCUGUGCGGGAGGAAACCUGAUCACCUGAGCGGACAGCACUUCAUCAUACCUGAGAUGGCGGACAGCAGUUUGGACAGGUCGGAGUUGGCGAAACAGGCGCGGAAGAAGCUGCAGGCGCUGAGUAACCGGCAGUUUGAGGAGCUGGCGAUGGACGUGUACGACGAGGUGGACAGACGAGAGAUGGACGCUGUCUGGCUUACAACACAGAACCACAGUGCUUUAGUGAUGGACCGGACCGUGGUGCCGUUCUUACCCGUCAACCCGGAGUUCUCCUCCACCAGGAACCAGGGCAGGCAGAAGCUCGCCAGGUUCAACGCUCGAGAAUUCGCCACGCUCAUCAUCGACAUCCUGAUCGACGCACGCAGGAGACAACAGCCAGGGGGGCAGCAUGGUUCAGUGUCUGAUGCACCAAUGACAAGGGAGGAGAUGGCGAUGGCGCUGGGUCGGAUGAGCGGCUUCAGCGACGAGGAGCCCGUUUACGACAGCGUCGCUUCUGACGAGGAUGACCUUGAGAACCAGAGACUGUCUGACCCCAAAGGUCAAAGGGCAGAGAGCAUGGCCUCGUCUGACCUGUCGGACGGCCCCAUCACCCUGGAGGAGUACCUGCAGGUGAAGAAGGCGCUGGCGGCGUCGGACGCGCGGGUGCAGCAGCUGAUCCAGGUGAAGCAGCAGCAGCAGCAGGAGAUCAGCCUCCUGCAGUCCAUGGUGCAGAAACUCAUGCAGGAAAAUGCCAACCUGAGGACACAGGUGGCUUCAGCCCAGGCUGCGGCUAACAAGCAGGAGGGGAACGCUGAGAACAACAACAACUCAGGGUCGUCCAGGUCUGGCCGGGACAGGCCCAUCUCCAUGUUUGAAACUCGAGCUGCUCCUAAAGAGCUCAGCGCGUGGAAGGAAAUGGACAAGCUGCCCUCUACAGAGGACCUGGUUGCGGGGAUGCCCUCGAGCAUCCAGAGGGACAUCGGCGUGGCGGGGGCAGGGCCUCAGGAUGACAGUAAGGACAAACAAGCUAGCGACGCCGCGAGCGAUUACGAUAAUAACCCUCAGGACGAGCAGGAAAGGCAGCAAGGUGUGGAGGGAGGGGGCGAGGGAGACACUCCCGACCCCCUGGGGCAAGCCCCUACCCCCUCAGACAAGGAAGACGGGGAGGAAAGGAAAGAAGUGAACACAACAGGAGCUGAACCGGUGUCGCUGCCCUCUCAGGACGACGUCGUCCGCAAGACGGAACAGAUCACAAAAAACAUCCAGGAGCUCCUGCGAUCGGCGCAGGAAAGCAAGCACGACAGCUUCAUCGCCUGCUCCGAGAAGAUCCUCACCGCCGUGAGGGAGAUGGCCGCGCUCUUUCCGGAGAAGCCGCGCUCCGAGACGAUCCGCUUGUCCUUACAGCUCCUGACGAGCAGCGCCCAGCGGCUGCAGGUGCAGUGCCACCACACGGUGCCGACGGAACCAGAGGGAGACGUGGACAUGCAGCUGCUGACUCAGCAGGUUAUACAGUGUGCGUACGACAUUGCCAAGGCAGCCAAGCAGCUCGUCACCAUAUUUCAGUGAAGGACGUAUUUAAUAUCCCAUUUUAACAUCCCCAAAAGAAGCUUCCAGCUAUAAGACUCGAAAGCUUUAUUCUGCUGUAAGUAUUGACAGUCAAAAUACUUUAGAGAAAUUCAACAGAGAGUGAGCAACUAAUAUAAUCCCCUAAAGAAGCUUCGAAUUCCAGCUACGAGACUCGAAAGCUAUACUCUGGUUUAAGUUUUGACAGUCAAAAUGCUUUGGAAAAAUUCAACAGGGAGUGAGCAGUUAAUUCCAAAAGGAAGCUACUAGAUUAAUGUUAUGCUGGGUAAAGUUUUGACAGUCAAGGUAGGACCUGCAAUGCUUUUUGGAUAAUCAACUGCUGAACACAAAGUCCAUGCACAUGUGCUAUGUCAAAAUAAUUCAUUAAAAGACAGGCUCUCUGUUAUUAACAGAAGGCACAUUUGCAGCAAAUUAGUUGAACUUCAUGUCGAACUCUUUUUCAGUUUUACCAGAUACUGGGUCACUUUUUAUACCUGUCAAUUUUGUCUUUUGCUUUGUACAUUCUUCAGAUUGGCUGUUGAAAACAAACGGUAGAUGCCAGGAUUUCAGAAUAGAAAAACCUGAAAUAUUGAUGCAAUGGAUGUGAAUAUUCAUUAUUAUUGCAACAAGUAUGACACUUGGAGCAGCAGUCUUAUUAUAUUUUAUUUGAAGCAAGUUGUAGCUUUAGGAAAUCUGUAUUACAACUUUUUACAUUAGCUAUUAAGGAUCAAAACUGUCCACAAUUAUAGCCAUACAUAAAUUUGGCAGCAGGAAUAAAACACCAAUACAUUGGUGAGGGUUAAAUAUCAAAGAAACUACUCUAAUAGAACAUGAAACUUGUGCUCUCUUUAGGGCUACAUGUAAAUUUAUCUAUUAUGAAAACAGUGAGAGGUUACUUUAUACUAUGUUAUGCUAAAAUCGUCUGCUGACAGUUGGAAAAGUUUUCUUGCUGAAGUUUGAGAAUCACCCUAGACAUUGCAUUAUGUAAACUUGAAGCAUAUGACAAUAAAUAUGGAAUACAGUACUGGAAAAAUA